ACACAAAGUUCCAAAAGACGAAACGAUAAAUUUCUGACGUUUAUCUUCCGUAGUGAACAAAUAAUACACAACAAUUAAUAAAUUUCUUAUAAUUUUUGACUUUGUAAAAAAGAAACGACCAUGGAGGCAGUUCCAAGACUGCCGAUGGUCUCUUUUCAAUUAAAAGUUAGUCCAGAACCCACUAGUUUUUCUACGAAACUCAAACAGUAUAUACGAGAUUUUUACAAUGAAGAUGCAGAAUCUUAUAACAACGAACUUCAUCAACUUGAAAGUUUACGAUCAUCAGCUGUUCGGCCACCAAUUGAUGUCAAGGGAUGUGAAUUAUUAAAAAGAUAUUAUUGUCAAUUACAUUUUUUGCAAAGCAGAUUUCCCAUGGGAAAAGAUGGUCCUGCCGCUGUUGUUUUCACAUGGAAAGACACAUACGCCAAUAUGGUGUGUUCUCUGGCUAAUAUUCGUUUUGAAAUGAUAUCGGUUCUAUAUAAUAUUAGUGCUAUUCACACGCAAUUGGGUGCAAGAUCAGAACGUACAUCACCAGAGGGAAUGAAAAUGGCAUGUACUCAUUUUCAAUGUGCAGCAUGGGCUUUUGAUCAUUUAAAGAAUAGUUAUCCUCAACCACCUGGAGUUGAUUUAGCUCCCGAGCUAAUGACUUUUAUGUAUCAAUUGUGUUUGGCUCAAGGACAAGAGUGUAUUUUAGAAAAGAGUAUGCUCGACAAUCGGAAACCAUCAAUAGUUGCGAAAGUGGCACGUCAAAUUGUUGACUAUUAUGGUUUGGCACUUGCAACUUUAGAGCAAGGUGGAAAUGAAGAUGGAACGGUUGGUGAAACUGUAGGAAAUAAAAUUUACAAGAUUUGGAAAAGAUAUGUGAAAUUUAAAAGAGCGUAUCAUUUGGCAGUGACGCAACUUUAUCAAGGUUUAGCAGCAGAGGAACAGCGAAAAAUGGGCGAGAGAGUGGCUUUUUAUAAUUCAUCUCUGACUGCUUUAAAUGAAGCUCGUUCAUUUUUUGCGAGUGCAAAGGGCGUUAAUGGAAUAACGGGUACCACUGAUGAAAAAGAAGCAAUCGAAGAAGCAUUAACAUUUACUAAUGAUGUUAUCGAGGGAAAAAGAAAAGCUGCAAAAAAUGAAAAUGAAUACAUUUAUCAUGAGGAAGUGCCAGAAAAAGAUGCUUUGCCAACCGUUAAGGGUGCUUCAUUGGUUAAAGGUAUUUCGUUUAAUGUCAACGAUCCCGAAGUUUCCGGCUCGGAUAUUUUUGCAAGACUUGUUCCAAUGAAAGUGCAUGAGGCAAAUUCAUUGUAUUCGGAAGAGAAAGCUAAAGUAUUGCGUUCAGUUGGUGGAAAAAUUGAAGAGCGCGAUCAAAUAUUAAAUACAUAUUUAAUGUCAUUAAAAUUGGAAAAUUUGAGUUUAUGGGAUCCGGAUGCUGUAAAUUCUGAAUCUGAGGUUCUCGCUUUACCCGAGGAGUUGGCUGAGCGAUGUGCUGCUAUAAAUGCAAAACCCAAUGCUAUUCAGGAACAAGUAGAUACAAUGGCUAAAUUAUCUGACACCUACCAAAAUGUGGAAGCAAUGCUCAAGGAAAUUGAUGUUAUUUUAUCUACAGAACAACAGAGGGAAAAACAGUAUCAAGAAACAAUGGGAAAAAGGCCGCCGUCAAUAGUUGCAACCGAUUUAACGAGGGAGGCAAAAAAAUACGAAGAAGCCCACGCUAAAGCUUCUGAAAGUAAUCAAGCACUUCACAGAGCGAUGAAUUUACAUGUGAAUAAUUUGAAAAUUCUUUCCCAACCGUUGUCUAGUUUAAUGGCACACAUUCCAUCUCCUACAGUCAAAUCUCUAGGUGAAGGUAGCAGUGAAAAGAAAAUUGACACUGAAUCUGAAAACAUUCGCACUCGAGAGUUAAAACGAAUUUUGAAUAAAGUUGACGAAAUGCGAAGGCAAAGAAAUGAAUUACACACCAAAUUACGUGACGCAAUAUCUCAGGAUGAUUUAACAAGAAUUUUGGUAACUGCUACUUCAGAAUCUGAAUCGUCACUGGAUCAAGUUUUUGCUGAACAAAUUAGCAAACAUCAACCGACUGUUAGCCUAAUAGAGCAAAAUCUAGCAGCUCAAGAUAAUAUUUUAUCCGCAUUAACAGAAGCGUAUGCGCACACAGCAGAAAUUCGUAAAACAGUUGAAGAGGUCCUUAAGCGGCGAGAAUAUAUCAUAUCAUCUCUAAUCACUUCUUACGAUGCUUAUGAAGAUUUACUGUCAAAAACAACGAAAGGUUUGGAAUUUUACAGAAAAAUGGAAAUAAAUGUCACGAAAUUAUUGCAAAGAGUUAAGAACACUUGUAAAGUUCAAGAAGAAGAACGUGCACAGAUUAUUUCUCAAAAUAGUGCAGGAUUACAUGGAAUCAAUGACAUUUCAAUAGUAGAAGCAAAAAGUACAUUGAACAUGAUUCCAAAAGAUCCAAGUGCAACAGGAAGUGGCUUAAAACUUAAGGAUUAUUUAGCAAAUAGAGGCACGAACAUUCCUGUCUAUCAUAAUCAAUAUUCUGAUCAGAGGACUUUGUCAACGACAAAAUUAAGCACCGAUCAGCCAGGAAUAAAAACUUCCGAUCAUCAAAAUGGUGCACAUGAAAAUAUGCCUUCGACAGCUGUCCCCCAAUUUACUGAUCCCAAUCAAGCCUAUCAAUACUAUCAGAAUAUGUAUUCUGAAUAUUAUCCCGGUCAACACAAUACCUAUAAUACACAAUACGUUUACGGUGAAACUUCAAAUAAUACAAGUAAUAAUUUAAACUCAAGUUUACCUAAAACUGGAACAACAUUCUCUGACAGUGUCUAUGGACAGGCGGGAAAAAUAAAAGCAUCAACCGAGUCAACAAAUUCUUCUGAUUCUUCAUAUGGUGCUUAUAUUCCUCAAAAAGGUUAUUCAACAAAUCCAGUAAACGAUCAGUAUUCAAAUUAUACAUACAAUGCCGGUUAUCCCUAUGGAUAUCAAGUUUUACCGGAGAAUGCAAGUUAUCCAGUAAUGCAACAACAAAUUAACAGUCCAUCACCUCAUCAUCAGCAACAAAAUUUGACUCCAAUGCAAUUGCAAUCUACGCAACAAGUAAUUGUUGAUGAAGCUGGUAGAAGUAUAGAAGUUAAUCAAUCAGUGCCUUAUGUUACGUCCAUACAUCAAAGUUACAACACUGAUGGUAAAGCAAACUCAGGAACAGUCUCUCAAGUUCAGACAAAUAAUCAAAAUGUUCCAAUUAAUUCCUAUCAAGUUGGUAUUUCACAAACAAAUUUACAACAAACAAAUACAUUGACUCAGAAUUAUUUGAAUCCAUUAGCUUCAAAUGUCGAGAUGCCAGCGUCAGUGAUUAUGUCCCAAAGUAAUCAAUCAAUUCAACAACAUUCCUCGCAAGUUGAUUUGCAACAGCCAAUUAGUUUACAGCAGAUCAAUCAAAUUUCUGCCCCACAGCAAAUUAUUUCUCAACAAAACACUCAGAUGAUGAUUAAUCAACAAACAAUUGGUCAACAAGCGAUUAAUCAACAGCAAGUUAAUCAGCAACCUAUUAAUCAACAGAUCAAUCAGCAGCCAAUUAAUCAACAUCAAGUCAGUCAACAACCUAUUAAUCAACAGCAGAUUAAUCAGCAACCAGUUAAUACACAUCAGAUCAAUCAGCAAGUAAUUAAUCAACAACAGCAGUCAGUAAAUCCUCAAACACAAUUGGUCCAAAAUCCCCAGAGUUCAUCACCAGGAAUUCAUUAUUCCUUAUCACAGCAAUACAUUCCUAAUCAACAUAUGGGAAUGUAUACAAAUACUUCGGCCACUGACAGUUCGACAUAUUCAACAGCAACGACUAAAAAUCCAUCCGUAAAUAUUAGCAGCAAUUCUUAUUACGAUGGGGCCGCUCAAUAUUCAAAUUAUGGCUCAGAUCAACAACAGAAUUACAUGAAUAAUCAAUCUCAAGUAGGAGGAUAUGUGUCUCAAAAUCAAAAUGAAAUGACACAUAAUUAUAAUACAUAUGGAAAUUAUCAGCAACCUGAUUCAACUACUUAUAAUAAAAAUCCUCAAAAUUCGGCGACAAUUCAAAAUAUUCCUGGUUAUUCGGAAAUUAUACAAAGUCAUGCAAAAGCAAAUUCAUUUUCAAAUUAUCAAACAAAUUAUUAUAAUCCCCAGGAGCAUUAUUCUGGUUCUUCACAGUAUUCGAAUUAUUCUCAAAAUUAUGGCAAUAAUUAUGGAAAUGUACAGCAAUCAAAUGAAAUGUCCAAUUCAUCAACGGAUUCAUAUCAAGGACAUCCGGGUUAUGUGUAUAAUUCUCUUACGGGUGGUUAUGAGUAUAGUUCGGGUUAUCAAAAUACACAGACUUUACAGGGCCAAGAGCAACAAAAUAAUGUAGCUGGUGGUUUAACGGAAUCUAUCAAUAGUCCUGUUUAUCAACAGCAGGAUGGAUAUAUGUUGUAUACCAAUGCUGGUAAUAAUACGGCCACAAAUCAAACAUCUUCGUCGCAAUACUCAGGUCAAAAUGAUAAUUCAACAUCUAAUAAUCCAGCGUACUAUUCUUCAUCUUCUUCUUCUUCGCAAUAUACUCAACAAACUUCAACUCAAAGCAAUUCUAAUGUGACAUAUAAUGAAACGCAAAUAAAAUCCCAAACAAUUGAGAAAAAUACUGUAAACAAUAAACCACCAGCAUCAAUGGGACCAAAAUCUAAUGUUGAUCUUCUCUCUGAUUUGGAUAUUACAAUUAAUCAUGCACCACUAUUACCUGCAGUUCCAUUGAAGGAUGAAAAGGAAGAAGUAAAAAAUGAAUUAAAAACUUUUGAUGGCACACCAGAAAAAGUACCUCUCACUCGAAAGGAUUCAAAAUUAUCAAUGGAUGAUAAAAAUGAAAAUUUACAAAUUGUUUGGGACACAUGGUAUUUGGAUGUACAACCGAAAAAAGAUCCACUUGGAGAGCCAACUAUUUUACAAAAAUUUCUUAUCGAUAUUGAAAAAUAUGAGAAAUUUGUCGAUAGUCUGUUGGUAAUAACGUUGAGCGGUGCUAAAAAUAUUGAUAUCAAAUGGAAGGAAGUUAAAGAAUUUGAGGAUAGGGAAGCCAAGAAACAAAGCUCUACUGUCGCGUUGGCUAAUUCUGCAACAAAUAGAAAUAUUGAUUGCAUUCCAUACGAUACAAAUCGAGUGGAAAUGCAUUCUUAUAUAAAUGCUUCAUUUGUAAAAGAUGUAACUCAAUGGACUCCGGCAGCAUUUAUCAUUACUCAGGCUCCAAGAAUUGAUGAAUUUCAAACAUUUUGGAUUAUGGUUUGGGAUCAAGAGGCCGAAGUUAUUGCAUGUUUGGCCUCUGAUUUGCAGUUAAGCGGCGAUGUCUAUUGGCCAACAAGUGAAGAGAAGAAUUUAGUAUUCGGAGAUAUUACACUAAAAAUGAAAAAUCGAUUUAAUCAUGCAACUUACAUUCAAACAAUUAUAUCUCUUUCACGAUCUGGACAAAAAAUGGAAAGGGUAGUUGUACAUAUGCAAUUUCUUGUUUGGCCAACUAAUGGUUUUCCAAGCUCGCCUGGUUCAUUGCUUGCUUUUGCAACUGAUGUUAUGUCCGAACAAGCAUUGAGACAUUGUUCUCCAAAACCAAUAAUCGUUCAUUGUCUCGUCGGUGGAACUCUCAGUGGAUUAUUUUUAAUUGCAAUGGCCGCAAUUUGUAAUGUUAGAGCUGGUCACGGAAUAGUUGAUGUACCUUUGGUAUUUUCGAGUCUUGUCAAAUUUCGCAAAGGUUUAGUCGACAAAGAUUCAUUGUUAUUCGGCUAUCGAAUGGUUCUUUAUCACGCUCAAGAUACAUUAAUGAAAAGAGGCAUUUUAUCAUCAACUCGCUCGACUUUUGAGUGUUUUGAAGAAAUAAAAAAAAAUAAGGGAAAAAGUAUGACAAAGACUCGUCAUCAUCCUUCUGAUGAUUUUCUCCAUAAUUUUGGAUCAGGGAUUCAACACGGAGGACAGCCCACAUCAUCGGCCAGGCCAAAUACACCACAAAGUAUUCCUUCCAUUUCACAGGAAAAAUCUGACGUCGUAAUAGAUCCUUUGAGUCAGUUAGAUCCUCUCUGGACCAUCAGAAGAUAGUCAUUAAUUUAAAUAUGUAAAAUAAUGUUCGAUUUUUAAAAAUGAAAAAAAAAGAAUGCAGCUGCGGUAUAUUAUAUAAAAUAUUGUGAGUAACAAUUACAACACUCGAAUUAAAUGUGUAAAUAGCUUAUCAAAAGAAAAAAGAAAUGGGUAAAUGACAACCAUUUGACUAUAUAUGACUAGGUGUAAUUAUUCUUUUUCAGAAUUUUUUUCGAAAUUUUUUUUUGCAUAUUAAAGCAAGUUAUUUAUUUACAUUUGGACUAAAUUUUUUUUAUGGAUUUGAGAAAAAAAUAUUAUACUGUCUUUUCUAUAACGAAAAAAAAUUAAUUAAAUUAAUUAACAUGUGAGAUAAAAAAAAUUAUAUUAAGGUUUUUUAAAAGCCCUCAUUUUUAUUAAUAUUGUUUUUAGUUUAGAAGUGUUGAAAAUUCUUUUAUUUACAACUGUGGAUGAAUAUUGAGUUAUCGUGAAAUGAUUUAAUUGAACAGACUGAUUAGAUUAUUGAUGGUUGUUGUUGAUUUUUAUGAGCAAAAAUUGAACGCGCGUUCAAUGUUAUUCAAGCUGGACCAGGAUUUUAAGUAAUAUUUUAAUACUUUGCUACUCAAUAGAAUGCAGGAACUAGCGACCGACAGCGAAAUUUUUAAAAUACGCAAAAUAAAUUGUAUAUGUAUUUGCUUUGCAAAUAUGAAAAUAAAUAUACUUGAUUCUCAUUUA